GUAGUUACCCUGUAUAGUGAUGGGAAUCCAGCUUUUACGUCAGACAGCCUUCUCUUCUAUCUCAGGUUUCUGAACCCCUUUUUGGUAAGUUACCAAAUUUAUGAUUGUGCUGAUGGAAAUUUUGAAAGUUAAGAAAGAAAGGGAGAAAAUACAUGAAUUAAUAAUUUCAACUACCAAAAAAUAUGUGUGCUUUAAAGCUUCUUCCAAAAUACAUCUGAAUAAAAAGGUCACAUUUGUGGCAAUUGUGAUAAAUUUAUUUUAUAGGUUCUGUUCUAGUUAAGGAGGAAAAAGUUUUUGAAAGAGCAAGGCCUCCGAAAAACUUUGUAUUGACUGGGUGUGGGCCAAGUCACGUGGAUCGGGCGUGGGGAGUUUCAGUGUUGCAGAACAAAUGAGGACGCUUGCAGAAUUACCCUGAGCUGUGUUGAACUGACAAAAGACAACACGGGUUUUUUAAUUCAAAAUGGAUUGGUUAUACGUCUUUAAAGACUUUUUCAGCAUUGGAAAAGUGAAAAGAAAACCUAGCGUGCCUGAUUCUGCAUCUCCUGCUGAUGAUAGCUUUGUUGACCCAGGCGAACGUCUCUAUGACCUCAACAUGCCUGCUUAUGUGAAAUUUAACUACAUGGCAGAGAGAGAGGAUGAAUUAUCAUUGAUAAAAGGGACGAAGGUGAUUGUCAUGGAGAAAUGCAGUGAUGGAUGGUGGCGGGGUAGCUACAAUGGACAAGUUGGAUGGUUCCCUUCAAACUACGUAACUGAGGAAGGUGACAGUCCUUUGGGUGACCAUGUGGGUUCUCUGUCAGAGAAAUUAGCAGCAGUUGUCAAUAACCUAAAUACUGGGCAAGUGUUGCAUGUGGUACAGGCUCUUUACCCAUUCAGCUCAUCCAAUGAUGAAGAACUUAAUUUUGAGAAAGGAGAUGUAAUGGAUGUUAUCGAAAAACCUGAAAACGACCCCGAGUGGUGGAAAUGCAGGAAAAUCAAUGGAACGGUUGGUCUGGUGCCAAAAAACUAUGUUACCAUUAUGCAGAAUAAUCCAUUAACCUCGGGUUUGGAACCGUCACCUCCACAGUGUGAUUACAUUAGGCCUUCACUCACUGGAAAGUUUGCUGGCAAUCCAUGGUAUUAUGGUAAAGUCACCAGGCAUCAAGCAGAAAUGGCAUUAAAUGAAAGAGGGCAUGAAGGUGAUUUCCUCAUUCGUGAUAGUGAAUCUUCGCCAAAUGAUUUCUCAGUAUCACUAAAAGCACAAGGGAAAAACAAGCAUUUUAAAGUCCAACUAAAAGAGACUGUCUACUGCAUUGGGCAGCGUAAAUUCAGCACCAUGGAAGAACUAGUAGAACAUUACAAAAAGGCACCAAUUUUUACAAGUGAACAAGGAGAAAAAUUAUAUCUUAUCAAGCAUUUAUCCUGAUACUGCUGACCAAAAGCAACUGCUACAUAGCUGUAAUUUGUCAUAUAAUUGAAGACUGAGAAAAUGUCCAGUCAUGCUUGUUUGGAAAUUGCUGUUUCUAACUCCGUAUGAGAAUUGACUAUAAUACCUAAGUAUUUUUAUUAUAACUCAGCCCCUACAUAUAUACUGCAUAUACAAAGCAUCUGCAUAGAGCAAUUCCUUAUCCUUGGUUUUCUGUUGCUGUUUUCUUUGCUGUUUUUCUGUUUGCUUCUAAUAUUAAGGUUUUUAUUUUGAAAAAUUAUGCAGAUCAAAAGUCUUUAUAUGGAAGAAUUUCUUUAUUGCCUUUAUUUCUUUGUAAGGGUGCCGUAUUAGCCACUUCCUCAGUGGUUUCUCGUCAGAUAAAAUUAUAUUGAUAUGCUCAAAUAAAUUUCUUGAAGAGUGUUAAUCUUUUCUGUGACUAAAUAGCAAUAAUAAAUGUUAAAUUAGAUAUUAUUUUCAGGUAUUGUAUUUGUUAAAAGCCAUUGUAAAUACCAAGUAUGUUGUGUCUGCCAUUUUUAAAAAUUCAUCCAUUGUCUUCAGUGUAAAGCAAAAGAAGUUGGACGUAAAUUAGAAAACAUAUCUUGUGCAAUUUUAAUUUACAAUUGUUGAAAACAAAGAUUUCUGAAUUAAAGUUUUUUUGGUG